AUGUCUGACAAACAAAGUUCGAACAACACGGGUAAUCUUUCAUUUGCCGGCACAGAGAUAUCUAUGUCACGCACGGCUCGCUUUUGGAUUCUUCUCCUAUUUGAUAUUCCAUCCAUCAUUUGUACAUUGUUCGUUCUCUGCUGUAUCCUUAUGGAUCGAAAAUUACGUUCUAGCGUAAAAAACCAUUCUCUUGUUCUAUUUCUUAUUCUUGGCUUGGGCACUCAAUUAGUUGAUGUUCCUUUCUAUCUGAAUUUUAUCGUACAUUCGAGUGUUGUUCCAGCGAAUCCAUCAAUUUGUAUCCUGUGGUGGUUUACGGACAUUGGCAUGUACAAUGGAGGAGCCAUACUUUUGGCCUGGACUGCUUUCGAGCGACUCAUAAUCAUAUUUCAUGAUCG